AUGAAGAUAACCUCACGGCCGAUCGAGAAGGUCAUCUGUUCACCCGCUGGUGCUACUGAGCGUCGUCGACCACUACAAUCGGGUGGCGCGUGGUCGGAGUUCUUCUCGGGACCUCAUUCAAGGGCACUGAGAGCAGUUUCUUUUGAGGAAGAUGGCAGGGACCCGAACAUCUGGUUUCUUAAUCAUAACUAUCAUGAAUCAAUGUUUUCCAUGUUCAGAAGAAUCAAUGUAAAGAAGCAUGUUGUAGGCUGGUAUAGCACUGGCGCAAAACUGAAAGAGAAUGACCUAAAUAUUCAUGAACUUUUUAACGGGAGCUGGCCCAACUCAAGACCUAGGACAAUGUCAUGCCGUAUUCUCACGCUCUGUCAUCUGAGCUUCCCAUGUUUGUUCGACUUUUUCACUAUUAUUCUG